AUGUGGUCGGCGACGUUAUCUUUCCCUUCAUUUGUGGCUACUUCAACUUCUCUGCCAAGUUAUAGGAACCUUAGAUUCCCAAAGAUUCAAGCUUCACUCUCUAAUUACCCUCUCGCGAGCAAAAUCAUGGUCAGAAAUUUACCGUUUUCUACAAGUGAAGAUUUUCUGCAGAAGGAGUUCUCAGCUUUUGGGGAGAUAGCUGAAGUUAAGCUUAUCAAAGAUGAGUCAAUGAAGAGAUCAAAAGGUUAUGCCUUUAUUCAAUUCAAGUCACAAGAUGAUGCUUUUCUAGCCUUAGAGACGAUGGAUCGUAGGAUGUACAAUGGCAGGAUGAUUUAUAUAGACAUUGCGAAACCCGGGAAACGUGAUUUCCUAGCACAACCGAGAACUUCUGGUCCCCCUGAGAAGCUGCAAGUGCCAGAACAAGCCGCCAAUGAUGAGGUUGCUGAUUGCUGGUAUUAA